AUGUACGGCCCGCACCACCGCGUUGCUCCACUUCGUCACACUGGCGCCGGUGUGACGAAACUCCCUCGCAACCAUUGCAAUCAAGGCCUGCAACGACAGUGCUCAUACGCGACGAACACGCUCCAAUCCCUACCAUAUGACACACAAGGUGCCACGUCAGCAGCAGGAGGAGGCAUUGGGUCCCACACGAUGCCCGCGCGUAUGCAACAACCACGGCUAUCGGUGCCAUCACAUUCACAUCCGCCGCCCUUCUCACAGCUCGCGACGCAGUCCACACCGACGCAGCUGGGUGACGGGCUUGUGUCAGGCAGGUCAGUCCCAAACGUAAAUUAUCAACAACCGUCACAGCAACAACCACAAGGUAGUAUGGAGGCUGCAACCGCCUUGCUGGCCUUUACGCAGGCAAUCCAGGGGCAGGAAAGGCACAUGGCCACAGGUUGUCAGAGCCUCUUGCAUUUACGUGCCAUAGCGGAGGCACAAAGUGCGCAAGUCGCCGCGGUGAAUGCACUCGCCACAGAAGUUCGGGCAAUGGUCGAAGCAACUCGCGAUGUAUGCCUUCUGUUGACACGUACGAGGGAACAGCUUCCCGAAACCAAAACUUCAGGAGUCCAUCGGCGCGAGUCCCAUGGGCCCUUCCGUCCCUUUUCGAGGCUUGUGCUCGGCGAGGAAUGUUCCCCCCACGCCUCACCUGUGGAGGUUGCAAGUGAACACAGCGGAAACGAGAAUAAAACUAACGUUAAAACGUGCGGAUGGAGGGACGGCGUCAACGAUACGGGUGCAGCGUACAUUUCAGCGACCGCCGGCUUGAAAAGUGUCGUACUGCGAGGUGCAGGAGACGGAGCAGCAGCAGCAGCAGCGUCGCCAGUUGAGAACACCUCACAACCACAGUACAUCGAAGAUGACAUUUUCUCUAUGUGA